UGGCACUUGGCAGUUUGACUAGCGUCGCAACAUUCCCUAGAAGUGACAAUUACUCGACUUAACCUCCAAAAAACCGUCUUAAAAAAUGUUCAAAAAAGGCAUUGCGCAGCCAAUUAAAGUGCUAAAUUUUAAAAUCCCGAAACCCCUUUUUUACGCGAGCACCGCGGCGGCCGCUCUGGGCCUAGCUUGUCUCAUUAAAGAAUGGACCGGGGGCCCCAAAUUACAACCCUCCGUUUCGGCAGAGGGUAAAGUCGUGAUUGUCACAGGGGCUAACACUGGCAUUGGCAAAGAAACAGUGAGGGAUCUCGCAAGACGCAAGGCUAAAGUGUACAUGGCUUGUCGAGAUUUGAAACGCUGUGAAGAAGCUAGGACUGAGAUAGUUUUACAAACUAAAAAUAAAUAUGUUUAUUGUAGAAAAUGUGAUUUGGCAUCUUUGCAGUCAGUUAGAGAGUUUGUGAAACAGUUUAAACAUGAACAGCCACGUCUGGAUAUCUUGAUUAACAAUGGGGGCGUUAUGCGGACGCCGAAGUCCAAAACUAAAGAUGGGUUUGAGAUGCAGUUGGGUGUGAAUCAUUUGGGGCAUUUUUUGUUAACUAAUUUAUUAUUGGACAGGUUGAAGGAAUCAGCUCCCAGUAGAAUUGUUAAUGUCUCAAGUGUUGCGCACAAAAGAGGCAAAAUAAAUAAAGACGACUUGAAUAGCGAUAAAAACUAUGAUCCUGCAGAUGCUUACGCUCAAAGCAAAUUAGCCAACAUUUUAUUCACUAAAGAAUUAGCGAAAAAAUUGGAGGGCACUGGCGUUACGGUGAAUGCAGUCCAUCCUGGAAUAGUCAACACGGAGAUUAUCAGACACAUGAGUUUUUUCAACAGCUGGUUGGCUGCUAUUUUAAUUAAGCCAAUAGUUUGGCCGUUUAUUAAAAGUCCCGAUCAAGGGGCUUACACUAUCGUCUAUGUUGCAUUAAGUUCAAAAUUAAAUAAAGUAACAGGAAAAUAUUUUAGUAAUUGUGAAGAAGCUGAAGUUAGUGAAGGUGCCAAGGACGAAGCGACCGCUUCAUGGUUGUGGGCUGUGAGUGAAAAGUGGACCAGACUUAAUAUGGCUUAGAAACAAUAAAUAAAUUUCAUAUUUUUA